UGCAGUAAUGGCGAACGAUAAAUUAGUGCCUAUCAGUUUGUUAUUUUUUGUGAGAUUUUCGCCUCUUUCGGGAAACAUAGAAACAAUUGAAAUGUCAGAAAAAUUAAAUUUGAGAGACCAGUUCUCCGAAUAUAACAACUUGGGAAAUAUCGAGUCAAAAAGUCUAGUUAGAUGUACCAAGAUAUGCCUGCUGACUGCCAAUUGCAGGUCACUGUUUUACCAGAAAGAAUUACACCAGUGUAUUUUACACAGUCUAGAUAUCCAAGAGUCGUCGGUAAAUCUCGUCACGUCAACGGGUUGGAAAUACUACAAAACGUUUGAAGAAAGUCCAAGUACUACUCCAAGUACUUUUACAAGUUCCAGUCCUGCAGAGAAAUGCACUGACACAGCUGGCUUCAUUUACAAUGCAGAUGAAAGUAUGUGUUACUUCAUUGGGACACCAGUAGCUGUUGAUUUUGACGUCAUAGAAACGGUUUGUUCAAACAUGAACAGUGAGCUCAUCAGGAUAGAUUCAGCACAAAAGCAAGCGUUUGUACAACAAUUGCUUGCUACAGACGCAGGUGCCUGGGUGUGUAUUCAGGGAGACAGGGAUGAUGGAAGCUACAAAUUUGCAGAUGGCUCAGCCAUGACAUACUUUAACUGGAACACAGCCAUGGGACAGCCUGACGACAUUAAUCGGGAUCAUAUAGUAAUGGUGAAACAAUUCAAUUAUCUAUGGCAUGAUAUGGCAGAUGAAAAACUAGACCGUCAGUGCACAUACAUUUGUGAAAAAUAAAAUAAAAGAGCACAACAAUCAUAAUUGAACAACUUCUCGUCACAUGUUUUUGAUAGUUUGCAAAAUAACUGGAUAGAUUUUAUGUGGCCACAUAUUACAGAUAGUCAUUAAGGGCAUACGAUACAGUUACUGGGGAGGUAAUGACGUUGCUAACGUAAAAUGUUAUUUUCGCGACGUCAAACUGUGACAUAUCGGGAAAAGAUGCAUUUUUCGACUGAUUUUUAUCAAUCAAACUGAUUUAAUUUGAAAACGAGUUUAUGGACCCCUAUUUUUCAAAACGGCAAUUUGUUUCAUUUUGCAGGAAGAUUAUGUGACCCAAAUUUUAUAAAACUGUAAAAAGAGGAUUUUUUUUAAUUUUGAUAAACAUGCAGCAAAAAAUGACGUUUUUUCCUCAAUUCACGAUCAUUUGAUAAAUAUGAGUUAUUUCUGAAUAAAUAAAAUGCAUAUUUUUUUAGGAUACUUAUAAAAAACAGACAUUACCGAUUAUUUAACAAAAAACAAUUUGUGUUUAUCUUUUAUAACAAAAAAGUUAUGUCUUUCUUUCGAAAAAGAAAUUACGGCCACAAAUCUGAAUUUUGAGCAAAUAUACAUAAUUUCGACCUCAUUUUACUCAAAAAGUAGCAUAUGGAGGUAUAUUUUUUAUUACAUAUUUUAUUUAAUCAGGUAAAAAACAGCCUACUAGUAUAUGCAAAUUUCCAUAAACUUGUAAAUACAGGAUCAAAACUGUAUCGUAUGCCCUUAACACAGUCACUAUAUAGAAAAAGUAAUUCAAUAUUCUAUGAAAAUAUUUUCUGUGUUUAAGGAUUGAUUAAUAUACGUUGGUAAGAUAAUAAUAAACUUACAACUUAACAAUACUUUAACAACUAAUUUUUAAUAUGUUUAUGGAUUAUGGAUUAUGGAUUAUGGAUUAUGGAUUAUGGAUAGGUAUGCAUAUCUAGAGUAUUUAAAGAACAUUGGAGCUAUGGUAGAUUGCAAAUAGAGAAUACAAUACUAAUAACUGUUUUGAAUUACUGGAAUUUCUUAAAUGGCAUUUGAUACAGAACUCAUCGAUGAUCAGAGUAAAACGGUACGUCAAACCAAUAGAGAAACCUAUGCUGUAUAUAUGAGAAAAAUAAUGUGUAUAUUUUUUUGUUUUCUAUCCUUAUUCUGUUUAAAACAUUUUUAUUUUUUAACAUUUGUAAUGUAUUAUUAAAAAUAAACUCACCGUAGAAACCAUGACUAUAAACGUGAUCACCAUGAGCCAGACGUUCUUUUCGUCUCUAUCCUGCAAUUGGGUGACAUAUUGUACAUAUGCAUCCCAACAGAUAUGGCUAUUCUGUAUUUGUAUACUAAACAGAUAACACUUAAAGCUCCACCCACUGUUGGACUACGUUUGUGUACUCCUGUGGUAACAGGAUGAACUCCAUUUUCUUCAGCGUCGAAUGUGUACAUGCUAUCAGUACUGCAACAAUGUCAAUUUCAGCAUGUUCAGUGAAUUUCACAUUCGGUUCAAAAUUCUGAACUGUAGAACAAAGCAUACACUUUUGUUUUAAAUUUGGCAGUGUUUUGUUAUUUGUUUUUAUUGUUGAAAUUAGUUGUAAUGUUAUAAUAUAUGAUAAUUAUCUUUGAGCGAUGUAUUAUUGUUGAUCAUCGGAGAUUCUUUUCUGUGUACCGGUCUAAUUGUGAUAUUCUUAAUAUUACUACGCGGGCCUCAAAAGAUCUUAAAUCUAAAAUAUUUAUUUUUCUAUCUUUUAAGGCAAAAACAAUGUACAAAAUUGAUUGCUGGAUAAAGAUAAUAACUGUUUAGUGUCUUUACGUAUCAGCUGUAUUCGUACUCGGCUCGAACCAGGAGUAAUAGUUCGCUGUAGCUCACAUUACACCUGUUUCUAAGCUCUUUACACAUACAGUUGAUAUUUAAAGACACUAAGCAGUUAAUGUCUAGAUAUAAGACCCAUCAGUGACACUAGAAUAAC